AUGGACCGUCGUACGCUCGAACAAGAACAACAAUCACAAGAAUCCCCAUCGUUCACUCAAGCAGUGAAGGCACAACUUUUUGCUCCCGAAGUUCGACAGGGAAACCUUAGCAUUGCAUUGUCCGUUACCGUCUUCACCGGCGCCGUCUUCUUCUUGCGCAACUUUGGUGAAUUGCUGGCCGUCUAA